UAUAUGUGGUGUGGUCCACUUGGAGUUUCGAUCUACCUCCUUUUUGGGAUCAUGACCUAAAACUAUAUUUUAAAAUUAACGGACGGAGUGGAUAAACCUCAUGCAUCACGGUGGGCCCCACAGAGCCCCUAACAUGACCGUUCGUCUUUACCUCCGUGUGAAGGUAGAGCCCGCGACCUACGCCCAAAAACACGUAGGUCACGCUCAAUCUAUGCCCAAUCCACUCGUUCCCUCUCUCUCGACCCUGCUCUCUCUAUUUCUCCCUCUCCCUCUCCCUCUCCCUAGUGUUUUCUCAUUUUAGCACGCGGCUUAAAGCAGGAGCAGCCAUUCUAGUUGAUUCCUCAGCUGCGAGGUGGUAGCAAUGGUAAUAGUAGAAUGCUGCCUUUAGGGCCGUUGAUUCAAAAGUAGAAGGUUGAUAGAUUUGAGGAUUUUUGAAUUUGGAGGUUUUUGGAUUUAGGGGUUUCCAGAUUUGGGGGUUUUGGGAUUGAUAUUGGGAGUGGAGAUGGGUUGUAGCGAGUGGGUUACGGGAUUUAAUGGUGUUGGGGUCUUAUGAGAGAAUGGAGCAAAGGCUUCUCACGCCUGGAGACUCUUCAAGUGAUAGGUUUUUUCCCACGAAAGAAAACCUACGGAGAAAUGAAAUUGUCAAAGAAGUGCAAGCUACUAUGAUGAGUAUGAUUGAGCAGAGUGAGAAAUGUAUCAAAAUAGGAGAAGCCGGCAAUGAUGAAUCCUGAGUGGUAUGAGAUUGUUCUUCUUUUUCUGGGCCAAUGCUCAAACAGAUAGGCUGUACAACAGAGACAUUUAUUCAUAUAGGUAUUAUGAAGGGAGAAUUUCAUCAGUAUACAUGUGGGAAGAUAAUGAAGACUUUGUGGCUUGCUUCUUAAUAAAGAAACAUGGCUCAAAGUCAGGGCAUCGCCAAAGAAGCUAUUUGCAAAAAGGUGCAUGGGAUGCUAUUCAUGUUAUUGAAGUGGGCCCUGAGGAAGAGGGAACAACUCAGUACUGCUUAAUUAUUGUCAUGCUAUCAUUGACCACAGACGACAAGUCAUUAAGAUUUCUCAUAAUUUGGCUGUGUUUUGUACAGGGUCUAAGAUACUCUCAUGAUUUAUUCAACUAUAAGUUUUGGGUUGAUACACAGGUGCUGAGAAAUUGUAUAAAUGUAGUAGAAGUGACUCAAAAUCAAAACUUUUUCAAGUUGUGAACCUCAGUUUGGAUGGAUUGUAAAUUGAAAAUUAUUUUCACUUUGAUUACCUAAUCAUGGGAUUAGUGGACACUCAAUUGACGGUUGA